CCACCUCCCCAAGGCCGGUUGGAAGAAGCUAGCCACUUCCUGUCCCCCAAGUCCCCAGCCUUCCUUUUCUCUGUUACUCUCACUUUCCCAGCUUCUGAGGGCAUCCCAUUUCUCAAGCCUGAUGCUUUCCUUGUCUCCACAUUGGUCUUCUUCCCAGGACAUCCGCUCCUUGUCCAGCCUGUGGAUUGAAUUGGGUGGUACUCCUUGAUGUCCACCCCUUACUCCAGACCCUUAUAACAUUCCUCAAGAGCCCUUAAACCCCAAGGCAUUGCUCUAGUACCCCCGAUUUUAUUUUAUUUUUUUCUUUUUCUUUUUUUUCUGGAGCUGGGGACCGAACCCAGGGCCUUGCGCUUGCUAGGCAAGCGCUCUACCACUGAGCUAAAUCCCCAACUCCCGAUUUUAUUUUUAAUUAUAUUUUAAAAAUUUAACAAUUAUUUUAAUUAUGUGUUUGCAUGUGAUUGUUGGUCCUGACAAGGUCAGAGGCAUCUAAUUGCCUCUGGAGCUGGCAGCUGUGAGCUGUCUGGCUGGCACGGUUUCUGGGAACCAUACUCUGGUCCUUUUCGAGAGCAGUAUGCACUCGGUGCUGGCUGCUAGUUUUAUGUCAGCUUGGGACAAGCUACAGUCAUCUAAGAGGAUUUAGAUUCCAGAACCCACAUCUGGUUCUAAGGGAAGGGAACCUCACUGGAGAAAAUGUCUUCAUAAGAUUGGGCUUUAAGCAGGCAAGUCUUUUUAUCUUUUUUUUAGACAGGCUCUCUCUUUAUAGCCCUGCCUGGACCCACUUACCUUCACCUCCCCAGUGCUGGGAUUAAAGACAUGUGACACUAUACACAACGGGGAUUUCCUUAGUGAUGGGAUACUUUAGAUCCUAGAACCCACAUCUGGUGACACACAACUGCCUAUAACUCCAGCUUUAGGGCAUCUAACACUCUCUUCCUGCUUCUAAAGGUAUCAGCCAGUUCCACACAAAGACACAUACUCAUAGUUUAAGAAAAUAAAUAUUAUUAGGUAUUUAUUUAUAUUUAAAAAAUUAUUUUAUGGGUAUGAAUGUUUUGCCUAUGUGUAAGUAUAUGCACCGCAUUGAGUGCUUAGUGCCUUCAGAAGUCAGAAGAGUGCAUCAGAUCUUCUGAACGAGUUACAGUUGUGAGCCACCACUGGGUGGCUGAGAAUCAAACCGGGGUCCUCUCUAAGAGCAGCUAGUGCUUUUAACUGCUCUUCUCUCUAGUCCUCUAAUUUUUGAUAUGUAAAAUAUGACCCUCCCCCCAAGACAUUUCUUAGAUAUUGCAUUGCUAAAAGAUUGAGGCCAACAUAUCCUGGAGGAUAGGUCAGCUCAGAGCCGCCCACCCCCCAUGCCCCCCCUCCCCAACGGUGUUUUCAUCAGUGCCAGGAACACAUCCUAAGAGUCCUGGAGCCUCUUGACUAAAGAAAGUGAAACGAUUUAUUUUUCUGAUCUUGUAAAGUCAGGUGUCAGCCUGGGGAGAAGGGAAAAACGGCUGCAGAUUUGGUAUAAAACAGUAGUUUUGAUAGAUAGCCCUUACCGCAUUUUCCCGUUCCCAAAUUCCUCACUACCGAGUUUUUCAGGAAGAUCCAAUCUUACAGGAGUUACCCUCUCUCCAGAUUCCCUACACUAUCAGUGCAGGAUGCAAAGCUCUGUCUGACAUAUAUCCUGGAGCUCAAGAUCCGCUCCUUUUAUGUUAGUCACGUAAUAGUCUAUAACUUUUCAUAAAUUAAUAAGUGCCUAGGCUAGCAAGAACCAGCUGGGGUAGACAGGGGCCAGAUACUUCCUAAUUAUCUGUAAUUUCCCUGAUGAGCUCUAAACGCGCCUCUUACUACUAAAAUGGACUAUAGUUUAUUUCCUUACAGCAGAAAAGACUGUUUUCUGGUAGAGGUGCUGGAGUGAGAGUCAGGAGCCUGAAAACACAGUGACUGUACAUGGAAGCUGUGCAUGAAGGCAGAAUAGGCUUCGGUGCCAACUCCGGGGUCCAUUUAGGGGACAGCGGUCUAAGUUUUAGGUGUCAUUCAAUGAAUAACUCCGGCUAUACUCUGUACUUUGGAUCCGGGCUGAAGACAGGGGUCAGUGUUUAGGAGGGAAGAAGUAUUCAAAGCGGGGAGGUAAGAGGAAUCCAAGUGAUUCUACAGGUUGAGUGCACCUGUGAACCAAACAAGAAUCACAGCAUCCUGUCUAGAAGGACUAAAGAGGAGGCCAGCAUCCUACCAAGGAUGAGGGACUAUGGGGCCUAAGGCGACAAGAGGAUCUCCCAGGGUUCGCAGAAACACAUCGCGACAGAAAACCGACUUCUGCCAAGUCCCGCAGGAGAAGAGUGGACGGAGCGCCCCGGAGGCGCGGACAGCGGCUCGCGUGUAAGCCCUCCUCCUGUCGGGAGAGGGCGCUCGGCAGCACCGCCGCGGGGAAACGGUUUGCACAAACCUUCCCGCCGCACAGUCGACGAACGACCGCGAGCCCCGGGAACGCCGCGUCUCGCUCAUUGGUGUUGCUGAAGAGGGUGGGGAGCGUCAGCGUACCAAUUGGGGGCAAGAGAGAUGGCUCUCCGCCCUUGGAGCGUCACUGGAGCGCGCGUGCGCAGGGCCACACGGGGCUCCGGAUUGGCGGGGCGGCGCUGACAGUUGUGUGUAUGGGGGUGGGGAGGCGAGUGGGUGAAGGGAGGGAGUGUAAAUAGAGCGAAGUUGGUUUCAAGGCCGUCCUGUCGCCUCUGAGCAAUUCUCGAGGAGCCCAGACGGAGAUGGAAGACGAGCAGGAGCAGCGGCGCAGGAAGGUGGAGGCUGGGAGAGCCAAGCUUGCUAACUUCCGACAGAGAAAAACAAAAGGUGACGGUCCGAAUUCGAAGAAAAAGACGGCGAAGAGGAAGGGUUCGGCUGUCCAUGCGUCUGUCCAGGAGGAGGGUUCGGUAGCCCCGCCAAACAGUGAGCUCCCCCAAGGAGCGGCUGUCUCUGAAAGGGAGUCCUGCGGCAAUACCCUGGAGGGGACCGGAGGGGCAUUUGCAGCUCAGGAACAACAAGACUGUGAACUGGGUGUGACUGACCUGCAGGGACAGCAGCAGCCACAGCAGCAGCCACAGCCACCCCAGACAGCCCAUAGCCUUGAACUAGAAGCUCUACGCUUGAGCCUGAACAACAUGCAUACAGCACAGCUGGAGCUGACGCAGGCCAACCUGCAGAAGGAGAAAGAGACCGCGCUGACGGAGCUGCGGGAAAUGCUCAAUGGCCGGCGGGCACAGGAGCUGGCGCUGCUGCAGAGCAGGCAGCAGUGUGAGCUGGAGCUGAUGCGAGAGCAGCACGCCCGAGAGAAGGAAGAGAUGGCGCUCCGCAACGAGCAGGAGACAGCUGAGCUUAAGGAAAAGUUCCGUUCAGAAAUGGAGAAGACCGUUCAGAUGAUGGAGACCCUGAAGCAGGAUUGGGAAUCUGAAAGAGAGUUAUGUUUGGAAACUCUCCGCAAAGAGUUGUCUGCAAAGCAUCAGUCGGAAAUGGAGGGUUUGCAAAACCAGUUUCAGAAAGAGCUCUCGGAACAGAAGGCUGAAUUGGAGAAGAUUUUUCAAGCCAAACAUGAGGCUGAAGUUUCCCUGAAGAACCUGGAGGCUCAGCACCAGGCAGCCAUCAGGAAGUUGCAAGAAGACCUGCGGUCAGAGCAUUGCCAGUAUUUGCAGGAUUUAGAGCUGAGAUUCAGAGAGAAGGAAAAAGCAAAAGAGUUGGAGUUAGAGACACUUCAGGCAUCCUAUGAAGACCUCAAGGCUCAGUCCCAGGAAGAAAUCAGACACCUGUGGUCCCAGCUCGAGUCUAUGAAAACCAACAGAGAGGAACAGAAUGGGUCAUGGGAGCCACUGCUGGCCCAGGCAUCUCAUCUGGAAGAGCUGCAGCACCUCAGGUCAGACUUCGCUCAGCAGCAGCAGCAGGAGAGAGCCCAGCACGAGUCCGAGCUGGAGCACCUGCGGGUCUAUUUUGAGAAGAAGUUGAACGAUGCUGAGAAGACAUACCAAGAAGACCUGACUGUGUUCCAACAACGGCUGCAGGAGGCAAGGGAGGAGUCCCUGGAGUCUGCAGAAAUCAGUUCAUCCUGUAUGUUUCCAGAGGAGACAUCUGGCAGAGAAAGGAAGGAGCCACCCGACCCACUUGAUCUUCAGCUUGAGCAGCCGAAGGCUCAGGGCAGUCUGAUUGAAGACUAUCAGGAGAAACUCAGCAACGCUGAGGAGAAGAUUGAGCUGAUGAAGCAAGAGUUCCAAAAGAAGGAAGCAGAGUGGGAACUUUCGCGUGAGGACCUAAAGAGAGAUGCUGAAGAGAAACUAGCCUCCAUGUUUCUCGAGCUGAGGGAAAAGGCCGAGUCUGAGAAGCUGUCCAUAAUAAACAGGUUUGAGCUGCGGGAGUCCAGCAUGAGACACCUGCAGGAUCAGCAGGCUGCUCAGAUCUCGGACCUGGAGAGAUCUCUGAGGGAGCAGCAGGGUCACCUGAGGCAGCUGGAGCAGGAACUCACCAGAGACGAAGUUCUGCUGUGUAGCCAGUGCGGCAAGGAGCCCUCUGUGGCCCAGGAUGAGAAGAGUGCCAUCCUCCUCCGAGAGAAGGAAGACUGUGCCCUCCAGUUGCUAACGGCCCAGAAUAGGUUUUUGGAAGAGCGGAAAGAGAUCAUGGAGAAGUUUGCCAAGGAGCAAGAUGCCUUCCUCCUAGACACCCAGGAGAAGCACAGCCACGAGCUGCAGCUCCUCCAGCAGGGACACCAGCAGCAGCUUCUGGCUCUGCGGAUGGAGCUUGAAACCAAGCACCACUCUGAGCUCACUGAGCAGCUCGCCUCCUUGGAGAGCAAGCAGCAGGCGCUCCUGGAGACUCACGUGGCCAAAAUGCAGGUAAAACACGAUGCCGAGAUUAGCGCUUUGGAGAAGAGACACCUGUCAAACCUGGAUGAGUUAGAAUCCUGUUACGUGGCCGACAUUCAGACCAUUCGGGAUGAGCACAAAAAGGCGUUGGAGCUCUUGCGAGCGGAGCUGGAGGAACAGCUACAGAAAAAGGAUUCUUGUCACAGAGAGAUUUUGACGCAGGAGUUGGAAAAGCUGAAACUCAAACACGCGGAGGAGCUUCAGUCCGUAAGGAAUAGUCUGAGAGUCAAAAUGAGUGCCCAGCACACAGAGAGCGGGAAAGGCCCGGCCGCUGACUUGCAAGGAGCACACCAGCAGAAGGCCCCGGCCAUGGCUCUGCACAAUGAAGGGCACCAGCUGGAGGAGGAUGGGGAUGCAGCCUUGGGUGGUGCGGACACCGAGGACCUGCAGCACCACGCUGAGCCUCGGGAGCGGGAAGGCCCACACACAGUUGAAAUGCAGACGUCACAAACAGAGUUGGCCAAACCUCAGGAGUUGCAGGCAUCGCAGGACCAGGGUGCGCAGGUGAGGGACCAGGUCUUCUUGCUGAGCCGGGAGUUAGAGGAGUGCCGAGGGGAGCUGGAGCAGCUGCAGCAGAGGCGCGAGCGGGAGAACCAGGAGGGCGCCACUCUGAUCUGCAUGCUCAGGGCUGACGUGGACCUGGCUCAGAGCGAAGGGAAAGCCCUCCGAGAUGCCCUGAGGAGACUUCUUGAUCUGUUUGGGGAAACGCUGAAGGCAGCUGUGACCCUAAAGAGCCGGAUCAGUGAGCGUGCGGGGCUCCUCCUGGACCAUGAAGAUGCUGUAGAUACAAGCGGUGCCCAGUUAGCAGCUGCAGCCCUUGGCGAAAUGUGGCCCGACGAGGGUCUACUAGACAUAGACAGAACCUUGCCAGAAGGGGCAGAGACAUCGUCAGUGUGUGAAAUCAGCAGUCACGUGUGUGAGAGCUUCUUUAUGAGCCCCGAAAACACCCAGGAGUGUGAGCAGCCGAUUCGGAAAGUCUACCAGAGCCUCAGCACCGCCGUGGAGGGCCUCCUGGACAUGGCCCUGGACUCCUCCAAACAGCUGGAGGACGCCCGCCAACUCCAUCGCUGUGUUGAGAAAGAGUUCCGGCACAGGGAUGAGGAGAUGGCCCAGGCUGUGCAGAAGCAGCAGGAGCUGCUGGAACGCCUGAGGGAGGAGAGUGCGGCCAAGGACAGGCUGGCACUGGAGUUGCACACGGCUGAGGGUCUCCUUGAAGGCUUCAAGGUGGAGAAAGCAGAUCUGCAGGAGGCGCUGGGCAAGAAGGAGGAGUCGGAACAGCAGCUGAUUGUGGAACUAGAGGAUCUGCGAAAGCAGCUGCAGCAGGCUUCCCGGGAGCUGCUUACUCUGAAGGAGGAGAACUCGGUCCUGUGGAACCAGAAGGAAACUUUCACCAAUGAAGCAAAAGAAAGAGAAGCUGGCACCCCUGUCUCUGCAGGACGCGAGGACGCAGCGCUGCAGAAGGAGGUGGAAUCUCUUACCAGAGACCAGUGGGAGUCCCGGAAGCAGUCUGAGAAGGACCGCGCCACCCUGCUCUCUCAGAUGCGUGUCUUGGAGUCUGAGUUGGAGGACCAGCUAGUGCAGCACCGGGGCUGUGCCCAGUUGGCUGAGGAAGUGACCACCCUGAAGCAGCAACUGGCCACCCUAGACAAGCACUUACGUAGCCAGCGCCAGUUCAUGGAUGAGCAGGCUGCUGAGCGGGAGCACGAACGAGAAGAGUUCCAGCAGGAGAUCAAAUGGCUGGAGGGGCAGCUCCGCCAGGCCACCCGGCCUCGGCCUCCGGGGCCCCGGGACAGUCAGUGCGCCAAGCUAGAUGAGGAGGUGGAAUUGUUACAAGAGAAACUGAGAGAAAAAUUGGAUGGGUUUAAUGAAUUGGUUAUAAAGAAAGAUCUUGCAGAUCAACAGUUAUUAAUCCAAGAGGAAGAGAUUAAGCAUCUUGAGGAGACAAAUGAGAACAUUCAAAGACAGAUGGCCCAGCUCCAGGAAGAACUAGAAAAACAGAGAAGAAGCACGGAAGAGUUAGAGGUUGUGAACAGCAGGAACUCUGAGAUCGAAGAGCUGAAAGCCAUUAUCGAACACUUGCAGGAAAACCAGGAACAAUUACAGAAGGCCAAAGCAGAGGAAAUUGAGCAGUUGCAUGAAGUCAUCGAGAAGCUGCAGAGUGAGCUGAGCCUCAUGGGGCCCACGGUGCAUGAAAUGAGUGACCUUCCGCCUGGCAGCCUCCACACGGAGCUGUCCUGCCUCCAGGCGGAAGGCAUGGGUGGCCAGGCCCUGCACAAUGAGCUGCAAGCUGCACAGGCAGCCAAGGGCGCCUUUGGCCAGCUUCUGGCAGACCAUGGACACAGCCAGGCCCUGGAGGCACUGCAGGAGCGGCUGCAGGAUGCAGAGGCGGCGGCUGCCAGACACCUGACUGAGCUAGAACACUGUGUGGCCCUCAGACAGGCUGAGGUGGAAGCCAUGGCCUCUCGGAUCCAAGAGUUUGAAGCUACCCUGAAGGCCAAGGAAGCAAUCAUCGUGCAGAGAGACUUAGAAAUUGAUGCCGUGAACAAGUGGAAAGUUAGCCAUUCCGUGGAGCUGGAGGCCCUCCUUUUGGCGUUGGCCCACUUCCAGCACGCUGUGGAGCAGCAGACCUCUGCCACCCCAGAUGAGCCACCCAAGCUACAGCAGCUGCUUGUGCAGUGCGCUCGCCUCAGCCACCAGCUACACGUGCUGUACCGGCGUUUCCUCAGGUGCCAGGUGGAGUUGGGCCAGCAUCAGCCUCGUGUAGCGUCUGUUGGCUGUGCGGACCCUCCUGCAGAGGCACAGGGUAAACGAGAUGGUGAACUGGAACAGGACGGAGUCAGCAGUGGGCUAGCCUUGGCUCCCCACAGCCUGGUUGCUCAGGCUAAGGAAGAGCAGCCCGAGGACUGUCACCUGGGCAACACCAGUCUCAGAGCCCAGCUGAGACAACUCGAGGAGAAACUGGACCCCCAGGCACAUUCCGUGGCCUUCAGGGACACCAGCAUGGAAACUUGUAAAUUGCAGCAGCCAAACCCGUUGGAAAAUGGUUCAAGUAAUCAUUGUCAUAACGGUGAAGAGAGCAGGCCAUCACCUCCCAAUGAUGUACCUGCUAAAACCACGUGGGAUGUGAUUGGUGUUAUUAAAAAUCAGGAUUUGUUGGCCCAGAUUGAAAUGCCAGAUUCCCCCACUCCAGAAAAGUUAGCAUCACAAGGGGGAGCUUUCUCCUCCCAAGCCAGUGUGCACGGUGCCUCCCUCCUCCCUGAGGAGGCUGAGCCCCAGAAGGACCCAGUGAGGGCGCUGGACCUGUCUUCCUGGAGCUCCCCCGAGGUUCUCCGGAAGGAGCCAUCCCUGGAGCCUCAGCACAGCCUGCCCCUGACACCGGGCGUGGGUACAGUGAGCCUGCACAGUGUGGACAUCUCCUCACCAGACUGGACAGACCCACUGCUGCAGGCUGAUGUGUCAGGGCUGCUUUGUUACCCGGGCAAGUCUGCAACAGGCCAGGCCCCGCUGUGGGUGGUGGCCCCUUCGGCUGAGAAGCACCAUGUGGAGAGGACAGCCACGGAGAAGGACGUCGAAGACUUUAUCGUAACAUCUUUUGAUUCUCAAGAAUCAUUAACAUCCCCUUCUCAUGAGUUAGCGAGAAGAAGCGAUGGGAGCGGGAAAAGUGAUGGCCCAGACAUUGCUGCGAUGUUGACCCUGGGCUCAGAAGGAUCCGAGACUCCCACCACUGAUCUAGUAGCUGCCACUACUGGUCCUUUCUCUAGAAGGUUUGUCCAGUCACCAGGAGCAAUGAGGGAGAAGGAGGUCCAUGCAAAGCAAAUGAAGGCUUUGCUGCAGAUGGUGUUUGAUGAGAGUCACCAGAUACUGGCCUUGUCAGAAAGCCAGGACUCCUCCAGUGCACUGAGCAAGGGUGAACCACGUGACCCCCUGGAUGGCGUCCCAAGGGACAGGCAGGCCCUUUCAGAGGGGACAUCUGACAGAGGAGAGAAGGAAGCUUUGGGAACGCACCUUACGUGGAGUGAGGAGCUUUUGCAGGCCAUCCAGGAAGUGUUUGCCAGGGAGCAGGAGAAUGCUGAGCUGCAGCCUAGACCUUACAGCUCAGACCUCGGAGACUAUAACUCCCUGGUCAAGAAGCUGGAGAAGGUUAUUCAAGAGCAGGGAGACCUGCAGAAGGUCCGGGAGCACGCGUGUCUGCCAGACAGGAGCAGCCUGCUAGCCGAGAUCCAGGCCCUGCGCGCUCAGCUCCGAAUGACACACCUACAGAACCAAGAGAAGCUGCAGCAGCUGUGUGCGGCCUUGACAAGCACAGAGGCCCGAGGGAGCCAGCGAGAGCACCAGCUACGCAGGCAAGUCGAGCUGUUGGCUUACAAAGUGGAGCAGGAAAAAUGCAUAGCAAAUGACUUACAGAAAACCUUGAGCAAAGAGCAGGAGGCAGCGAGUGACGUGCGCAAGCGUCUGAUGGUGGAGCAGGGUGCCGUCCAGGACCUCAAGUCCGAGCUGCACGCCUGUAAGCAGGAGAACACGAACCUGCUGGAGUCGCUGGACAAGGUGCAGCAGGAAGUCCUGCGGCUCAGGUAUGGCCAUGUGACGUGGUCCUACAGUGGAACUUCAUCUGCUUCGGCCGGCAGAGCCGUGCUGGACGGGAAGGAGAACGAGCUGAAGGUCGUCCUGGAAGAGCUGGAGUGUGAGCGUGGAAAGGGGCAGGUCCUCCAGGCCCAGCAGGAGGAGCAGCAGCUGCGGCACCUGCAGAGGGAGGGCCAGAGCUCAAGGGCCCUGGAGGAGUUGAAAAUAUCCUUGGAGAAGCAGCUGGCUCAAAACAAUCAACUGUGUGUGGCUUUAAAACACGAGCGGGCGGCCAAGGACAACCUGCAGAAGGAGCUGCAGAUUGAGGCCUCGCGCUGCGAAGCGUUGCUGGCCCAGGAGAAAGGCCAGCUCUCCGAGCUGCGGAAGAGCCUAGAGGCCGAGCGGAGCCGCUCGCUGGAGCUCUCUGAGGCCUUACAGCAUGAGCGGCUCUUGACGGAGCAGCUGAGCCGCAACGCGCAGGAGGCCUGUGCCCGCCAAGAUACCCAAGCGCAGCAUGCUUUACUGCGCAAGCUGAAGGCAGAGAAGGCUCGCGCGUUAGAGCUGGAGGCCAUGCUUGAGAAGGUGCAGAAGCAGGCUGCCCACACACAGCAGCAGCUGGAGGCUCAGGCUCAGGAGCGCUGCCUGGAGCUCCGGAGAGAGAAGGAGGUAAGUGGCAACCUGAGGUCAGCCGUGGACGCCUUGCAGACCCACAAACAGGAGCUGGGAUGCUGUCUGGAGAGAGAGAGGGAGAAGGCAGCGUGGUUACAGGCAGAGUUAGAACAGUUGUCCGCCAGAGUGAAACAGCAAGAGGCACGCCAGGACGAGAAGAGGAUGGACAGGAGGUCGAGCCGUGAAGACCUGGACAAGAGGAAGUGGCAGAGAGUCAAGGAGAAGCUGCGAGAAUUGGAGUUGCAGCGCCAACGUGAUGAACACAAGAUUGAGCAGCUUCAGCGGUUAGUGAGAGAGCUGAGGUGGAAAGAGGAGGCGCCUGGAGGAAACGGCCCUUGCCGGGGCUCCCCCUGCCUCGGUUCUCUGGAGAGAGACCAGUUCCAGGAGCAGCAACAGGAACUGGAGAAGAUACGGCAACAGCUACUGUGUGCAGCCGGGUUCCUCACAAGCUUUACUAACCACACAGUAGACAGGACAAUUAAAGAUUGGACGUCAUCAAAUGAGAAGGCGGUGUCAUCCUUAAUGCGCACGCUGGAGGAGCUGAAGUCUGAACUGAGCAUGCCCACCUCCUUCCAGAAAAAAAUGGCUGCAGAACUACAGGUCCAGCUCAUGAAUGAACUGCUGAGCGACAACGAUGCCCUCACAAAAGCCGUGGGCAUGGCCACCCGAGAGAAAGCUGAGCUGUGCAAGACCGUCUCCCGGCUCGAGAAGACCCUGAAGCAUCACACGCAGAAGGGCUGCAUUCUUAAUAGGCAAAGCAAGACUCCAUUGAAGCAAGAUGGGAUGGACCUGCAGAGCUCCCUACCGCACUCAGACCCAGAGUGGCACCCGCAGACUACAGGCGGGGACACAAAUACCUGCAAUAUCAAAAUGGAGAAGCUGUACCUGCACUAUCUGAGGGCAGAGAGCUUUAGGAAAGCUCUGAUCUAUCAGAAGAAGUACCUCUUGCUGCUGAUUGGUGGGUUCCAGGACUCUGAGCAGGAGACCCUCUCCAUGAUCGCCCAUUUGGGGGUCUUCCCUUCCAAAGCCGAUAAGAAAGUCACCGCAUCACGCCCCUUCACCAGGUUCCGCACUGCUGUUCGGGUGGUCAUCGCAGUUCUGAGGUUACGAUUUCUGGUUAAGAAAUGGCAGGAAGUGGAUCGGAAGGGAGCGCUGAUACACCACAGCAGAAGCACCCGCCACGGACAUCGAACCUCCCAGAGACAAAAUUCUCCGUCAGGAACUAGAGCAUCUCUGCCAACUCGAGACGUUUCCUCAGGGCACACCAAGGACUCUCGGCACAGCCCCAAGUGUUCAGCCACCUCGCUGGGGAAGGGAAGAUCAACUUCGUCAACAAGUUCAAGGCUCGAAAGAUCCCUGACUGCUUCUCAAGAUCCCGAGCAGUCCUUGACAGAAUACAUUCAUCUUUUAGAAAUGACCCAGCAAAGACUUGCGGGACUGCCACCAGAUGCUCCUCAGAAAGCCUGCCCCCAGAAGAUUAAACAAUGAAUAAAGUUCUUCUGGCUAUUAACCUUUGACAUUUCUAUUUGAGGAAAGAUGGUUUUUUUCCUAAGGAAAGCUCAUGAUAUGGCCUGGGACACACUUCGAGAGUAGUGACGCCAGCCUCUAGGAGCCCCCGAGAGCUCCUACCUCCACACCCUGCUGAAUGGCGGGGAGAGCCCGCUGUGCUCCUUCCCACCCAGUAAGCAGUGUCCAUGCUGGGUCCUGUGCCUGAUGACGGAGCCACCUGCGUCCUCUGUGGCGGAAGAUGCUUAUUUUCUUAGCAUGUCAGGGUGGGCAGGUCAGUGGAAUGAACACAUAGCAAGGAAUACAUUUUAAAGACUGUUCUCUGAUGAAAUGAUGGAUGGAUGGACGCUCUUUGUGUUUUUUGUUUUUUAAAUCCGUUCAGUUUAUUCUUUUUUGUUGGCAAAACAAAUAAAAUGAUGUCACACUUGC